AUAUCCAAUGAACAAUCCAAUACAGCACUGGUAGGAGACGUAUCGCUCGUAUGGCCACAAAAUGACUAUUGCUUAACCAUUGGUAUUCUGGCUUUCAGUGUGACCCACAUGUGUUACGUAAAUGCAGUAGGAAUAUUCUCGAUUAUAGUUGUCAUCUAUUCUUUACUCAUAAUGAUUAUGUUGUGGCGUUCAUUGGCUCUGUAUAAGCACCGGCCCAGUAAUUCAUCAUGGUGGUCACUUACCGGU